AUGGUUCAAUUCACCGCCUCCAUCCUCCUUACCGCAAUCAUUAUUGCUCCCGUUCUUGCGGUGCCUUUGACCAUUGUCGGUCUUUCCUCCGAAGAUGCCACUCAGGGAGAACACCAUGCCUUGCACUCACGAGCGCUAAGGGUGACGCAUCCACAACUUACACGCGGAAGGACCGCUCCUUGGAGCCCUGUUGCCCCUUCGCCCGAUAUCAUGGUUCGCGCAGAAGAAGGCAUCCAAUCACGCGAACCACGGGGACGCGUUCAAAGCCUGGCUCAAGUCACCUCUAUUACCCAUGGUACGGGCCGCCAUAUACGCCGCGACCUCGGGUAUUUCGCAACCCGUGAACCAAAAGGCGGGCGUGUUCAAGCUGCGGGACAGGCCACCUACAUCACCCAUUCUCCUGAGCGCCUCAGCUGUGGAGGACGUCUGGCGGCGCGCGAACCAAGAGGCGGACGUGUUCAAGGCGCGGGACAGGCCACUUAUAUCACCCAUUCCCCCGAGCGCCUCAGCCGUGGCGGAGGUCGUUUGGCGGCGCGCAGACCAGAGAUUCAUCAUUUCGAGGGCGUGGGGCAAGCCGCUUCGCUCACUCAUUCUGAAGUUGUUGAUACUGCUUAA